AUGUUUGCUGCUCGUCGUCUUACUGCCGGUGUCCCUCGCGCCUUGUCCCAGAGGGCCCUUUUCCACAACACCGCGCCGGCUUUGGUUCAGAAGGGAGACGCCAUCCCGGACCUGGACGUCUUGGUUGAGGACUCGCCCGGUAACAAGGUCAACCUCGCCAAGGAGCUCAAAGGAAAGGGCAUCAUUGUUGGUGUGCCGGCUGCUUUCAGCCCCGCUUGCUCCAGCACUCACGUCCCCGGAUACAUCAAGCACCCUAAGCUCAAGGAGGCUGGUCAGGUCUUCGUCGUUGCCGUCAACGACCCCUUCGUGACCAAGGCUUGGGGUUCCUCCCUUGAUCCCGAGGGCAAGAGCGGCGUUCGCUUCUUGGGUGAUCCCUCCGGCAAGUUCUCCGAAGCUCUUGAUGUGACUUUCGACAGCGCUUCGAUCUUCGGAAACAACCGCAGCAAGCGUUACGCGCUCGUUGUCGAGGACGGAAAGGUCAAGGAGGCUUUCGUAGAGCCCGAUAACAUCGGUGUUGACGUCUCUGCGGCCGAGAAGGUCUUGGGCUAA